UAAAUACGAUAAAAAUAGACAACUAAACUAAAGCAAACUAAAGUCUCGUGUUUUUAAAAUCUUAUUAAUGUGUAUUCUAUAAUUUAGAGUCUUAAUCACGAGGCAUAAAAUGCAGGAGUCCUUUCCAAAGUUUGUCGCAUGUACAAUACAUACCAUCUUUCGUUUAACAAAUCAAUUCGGCUCAGACUUGGACUACUCGGAGUAGUCUGAGUCGAUUUCUUUUCAACGGGAAACAUCAUUCGGACUGAUAACUUUGAACUCACAAGUUAUAAACGAAUCACGCGUGUUUCGUGCUACUUUGAAUCGCUCAGCGGCGUUUAAUGUUGAGGCUACUCUGUUCGAGACGCGCGUGUUUGUUCGGAAAAAAUAGUUUAAGAGCGAAGAGCUCGGUAAUCAGUGUGCGUUACAUAACCUACAAUGAUGAGAGUUGCCUACGAUGCCAAUCAACGGACGCCAGUCGUAAUUCAUUGUCCAGUGAGAAAGGUCACUCGUCUGAAGAUCCACCAUACCUACCAUCGCAAUCACAAAUCGUCAUCGCCGGUGCUGGAACUGUCGCCAAUUCGGUCGCCUAUCAUUUAGUACUAAACGGAUGGAACGAUGUCCUCGUCUUGGAGCAAAACACAAUUGGCAGUGGAUCCUCACACUUUGGCUCUGGUACACUUGGGCUCUUCAAGCCAAUUUCUCGCAGGAACUUAAUUGCAUACAGCAUCAAGUUAUAUCAGCAGCUACAGAAAAUGGGCUAUGACAUAGGAUUGAGGCAAUAUGGCAGUAUAAAUUUGGCUCAGUCUAAGGAUAGAAUGGUGGCCCUUAAAAGGAGAAUGGCUUAUAAUGUACCAACUGGAUUGCAUUGUGAAAUCUUGGGCAAAGAAGAACUGAAAAGAUUACAUCCUUACUUACACGUUGAGGAUAUAGAAGGAGCAAUUUGGGUACCAGAAGAUGCUGUUGCUAAUCUAACUGCAAUUUGUGAAGUCUUAGCAAAAUUAGCGAAGCAAGGAGGAGCACGAUAUGUCGAGCAUUGUCGUGUAGAACAGGUAAAGACUGAAAAAGGUGCUGUUAAAAGUGUCAAGACUGAAUAUGGUACUGUUUUCUGCCAGUAUUUCAUUAAUUGUGCUGGGAUGUGGGCCCGUGAGUUAGGAUUAAAAUGUACACCACCUGUUCGAAUUCCUGCAUAUCCUGCAGAACAUUUAUAUGCAAUCGUAUCUCCUUUGUCGUCAGAAAUCAGUACAUCUUUACCAUAUAUACGAGAUUUUGACUCAUACUCAUAUAUGAGAGAAUGGAAAGGUGGAUUUUUACUUGGCUGGUUUGAGCCUGAUGCAAAACCAGCGUUUGGCAGCGGUCGAGUUCCUUCAAAAGAUUGGACAAAACACGUAAAAAGUGAUCUAGCUCAUUGGCAGCCAUUAUGGGAAAAAGUUGUACAUAGAUUACCGAUCUUAAAAGAAAUAAAACAUCCAAAUAUAUAUAAUUGCCCUGACAAUUUUACACCAGAUGGUAGAUGGAUAUUAGGAGAAAGUCCUGAAGUAAAGAACUAUUUUGUUGCCGUUGGGAUGAAUGGCAAUUCAUUGCAAGGUGCUGGUGGAAUUGGUAAAGAAAUCGCUGAAUCUUUAAUAAAUGGUGAAUCGACACAGGAGGUGCUCCCGUUUAAUGUGCAAAGAUUUCUAGAUUUACACAACAAUAAACAAUACCUGCAGCAGCGAAUGAAGGAAGUAGUUGGCCGAAAUUAUGCUAUACUAUAUCCUCAUCAAUCUGAGUAUAAAUACGCUCGUAAAUUGCGUUGUUCACCCUUAUAUUCCGUUCUAGAAGAACGCGGUGCAAUUUUUGGUGUAAAAAUGGCCUACGAACGUCCACUUUACUUUGAUCCUACUUAUAGACGAGGACAGAAAAAGCCGACUAUGCCCAAAGGUAGCUUUUAUAAACCAAAAUUCUUUGAUUUCAUAAAGGACGAAUUUCAAGCGUGCAGAGAAGGUGUCGGAAUAAUAGAUAUGAGCUCAUUUUCGAAAAUCGAAAUCAAAUCUAGUCAUGGAGAGGUAGUAGACUACCUGCAACAGUUGUGUUCUAAUGAUGCUAAUAUAUCAGUUGGCGGAAUAGUUCAUACAGGAAUGCAAAAUGAGAAAGGUGGUUAUGAAAAUGACUGUAUGUUGGUACGACAAGGACAAAACAGCUAUUUUAUGGUCUCGCCUACGUCACAGCAGACACGUAUUUAUCAGUGGAUGUCUAGACAUUUGCCGACAGACCAUUCGGUAGGUCUUAAUGACGUGACUUCAAAAUAUACAGUGAUCAAUGUAGUAGGUCCGAAAGCUACUGAUCUGCUUUCCGAGUUAUCUAACUCUGACAUCAAUCUUUCACCCUUCACUUAUAAGACGGUAAACGUUGCAUAUGCUUCGGACGUUAUGGUGAUGGCAUUCACACAUACGGGUGAAUCUGGUUAUUGUCUCUACAUACCUUCGGAAUAUGCGCUGCACGUUUAUUCAACAUUAAUGGCUGUAGGCAAAGACUACGGUGCACGAGAUGUUGGUGUACUCACACAACGUUUCAUGAGAAUAGAAAGAUUUAUUCCGUUUUGGGCUGAAGAAUUGACACCGUAUGUCACGCCGUACGAAGCUGGAAGCGGCUACAGCGUAAAGUUAGAUAAGGGCUAUUUUAUUGGCAAAUCUGCUUUACAACAGCAGAAGAUACAAGGAGUGACAAGAAGAUUGGUUCUAUUUGUUCUUGACGGCAUGGACUUGAACAAGGAUGUGUGGGCAUGGGGUGGUGAACCGUUAUAUCGGAAUGAUGAAUUUGUUGGUACUGUUACAUCGGCCGGUUAUGGUUUUGUAACAGAGAAACUCGUUUGUCUUGGAUUUAUUAGUCUUCCUAGAGCAGAAAGACAACAGACAAACACAGUUACAACAGACUUUAUAAUGGAUCCAACGACAUGUUAUGAAAUUGAUAUCGCUGGGACUAAAUUUCCUGCUAAACCACAUAUCCAUCCAUUGCCCAUACCAAUAAGCAGUAAAUUAAACAAAAAAUAUAUUCCUACUCCGGUUAUCUCAUACCAAAGUGACGUCUCAUGUUAAAAAAAAUAUUUUAAUCAUUUUUAUUAUCAACUCGGAAUUUAAUGAGUAAUAUAUUAUUCGUAGUUCUG